AUGCCGACUUAUGCCGAAGUAUUAGACAAAGCUAUUCACGCCGAAGCUAAUUUGAAUCGAUACCAGAGCUCGGGAGAGAACCAGCGGAAAAGGCAGAACUAUGACCAUCGUCGAGGACAACUGAACACCAAGAGAAAGAACAUGGGCAGUACUAGUAACCUAAGACAGGAAGGGAGUGCUAAACCGAUGUGUUCGGAUUGUGGAAAGCAACAUUUCGGGAUCUGUCGUCGGACGUCUGGAGCCUGCUAUGAAUGUGGCGAGAUGGGUCAUUAUGUGAGAGAUUGCCCCAAGACAAAAGCUGAUAACAACAAGAAGGCUCGGUCUCUCUCCGUCUUCCAAAGCCCUCGACUGAUAUUCAUCGAACCAGAUCAAAGACACACACACACAGUCUCUCUCUCUCUCUCUCUCUCUCUCUCUCUGCUCGCUUGCUCGAUUGCAGAUUUUGCAUUGUAUAUUCGUCGAACUCUCGAUCUCUGUUGCUCUUCAUCGAUCUGUUACUGGAGAGCUUUGAUCAGUCUCUUCAUCGAACUUGAACUCAAACUCGAUCUGUUCUUCAUCAGAUCGCAGAUCCAAAAUCGAUAUCAUUCUCGAACCAGAUCGAUCUCUGUUGCUCUUAUAUCAGAUCAGAUCGUUGAACCAGGUCAUAACUUUACGCUAACAGCUAGUUUUGAAGGUUUAAAUGCUUCAAGCUAUGAUGCUCUUGUGAUCCCGGGAGGCAGAGCUCCAGAAUACCUAGCAUUGGAUGAGUCAGUUAUUAAAUUGGUGAAGGAAUUCAUGGAGGUUGGAAAGCCAGUAGCAUCAAUCUGCCAUGGACAGCAGAUUUUGUCUGCUGCUGGUGCUCUCAAGGGCAAGAAAUGUACUACAUACCUGUAA